UUAGCCUAAAUUAAUUAUUAAAAACCCAUUACAUAACAUUAUAAUUAAUUAAUUUAAUUCUAACACGUAAAUAUAUAUAAUUUAUUAUUAUUAUUAUUUAAUUCCAGACAAGACAGUAUCUCUGUGUGCUCCUGAACAAAAGCUUCAAGUCAACAACUUGACAAAAGCUAUAAGCUUUAUACCAUCCAUCCAUUACUACUCUUCCCUCCCUUCCAACCAAAUCAAAACUGAAUGCAAAUAAACAGAGCUCCAACCCCACCACCCUAAAUCUUCUACAUUCUCCGACAUGCCUCACCCUCGUGAUCGUUCCUAUUUCUCUCCGGUUCUCUCCCCUCCGGUUCUCAUCAUUCUCUUACCCAUUAUAACCUUUGUGUUUCUCUUCUUUGCUAUUCCUCCGGUUGUUACUUUUACUUCUCACAUAUUUCGUCCAUUCACCGUAAAGAAGAGUUGGGAUUCUUUAAACAUAUUCCUUGUUCUUUUUGCCAUUCUUUGCGGAAUUUUCGCUAGGAAAAACGACGAUGAUUCAAGUGGUGUUACUGCUACUACUACCGAAAACGAUGUCGUUUUGACUCCUCCGACUCCGAAUGUUUCGGACCACGUUAGGAAUGCGAGGAUUGGUCCUCCAAUUAGUGUAUCGGAAUCCGUUUCCCAAGAAUGGUUUGGAUUUUCUGAUCGGAAUGAUAACAAAAAUAGUAUUAAUAAUAUCUAUGACGAUCAAAUUAAUCGGACGCCGCCGCCUGGUUCUGCCACACUUCGGUUGAGGAGGAGUAGUAGCUCGUAUCCAGAUCUGAGGCAAGAAUCGGUUUGGGAUGAUAACAGAGACGAUCAGAAGUUUCAGUUCCGAUUCUUUGAUGAUUUCGAUAUCAAGAAGUACCGCCAAACGGUGUCGUUUGAUCAUCGACAUCGAUCAAGGCAACGAAGCAAAGUUGAAGAAGAUGAAAUUAAAGAAGUUCCAGUUGAUACUUUUGUUGUUCGUCCUUCUACGCCCCCUAAGUCGCCGGCUCCUCCUCCUCCGCCGCCUCCGCCUGCAGCACCAAAGAAUCAUCUGAAAUCGAGAAGAACGUAUCGAUCAGUUGAGCGGAGAGAGAAGGUGGAGAAGCGAGACGAAAAUGGUGACGCUGAUAUAGAAUUCACUAAAACUCGAUCUCCACCACCUACGCCGCCACCUCCUCCUCCCAGACCUUCGCCGUCACCGGCGAGAAUUCAGCUGAAUCAGAAGAAACUAGAAAGAAAAAAGAGCAAUGUGAAAAGAGAAAUAACCAUGGCUAUAACUUCGCUGUAUAAUCAGAGAAAGAGGAAGAAGAAGCUGAGAAUUGCGAACAAUAAUUACGAUUUUGCCACUCAGUCUUCUCCAACUGAACAGCUACAGUCUCAUCACACAAAAGUACCGCCGCCUUCCCCGCCUCCGCCACCACCUCCACCUCCACCGCCGUACUCCGUUUUCCAUAAUCUGUUCCGAAAGGGAAUUAAAAGCAAGAGAAUUCACUCAGUUCCUCCGCCUCCGCCUCCGCCGCCGAGACCAAUUUUGUCGUCGUUAGCGUCAUCAUCGCGGUCCUAUAGAACAAAAAAUCGAUCAGUAGCUCCGCCCGCUUCUCCACCACCUCCUCAGUCCGAACAUUCACGCAGAAGAACCUCCGGCCGACCUCCAUUGCCAGCGAAGUCGAGCUCUUACUGCGACGAUAAUAUGAAUAGCGGUUGUCAGAGCCCGCUGAUUCCGAUGCCUCCACCACCUCCUCCGCCGUUCAAAAUGCCGGAGUUCAAGUACCUGGUUAGUGGAGACUACGUUAAAAUUAGAAGCGCUCAAAGCUCUCGUUGUGGCUCCCCUGAGCAAAUGGACGACGCUGAUUCAUCGUCAACUAAAGAAGAAUCAGAGUCAGUCAACAUGAUUAACGGUGGAGAUGGGUUUGGGUCAGUGUUCUGUCCUAGCCCAGACGUUGACAUCAAGGCCGACACUUUCAUUGCAAGGCUGUACGAUGGGUGGAGGCUUGAGAAGAUAAACUCGAUUAAGGGAAAACGAAAGCUGUGAUUUUGGGCUCAGGCCCAAUUGACCAUCUACGUUUCGGGGCUUAAGGCCCAAUUACCCUUCGCAAAAUGUGAAACUGGCAAAUACCCUCACGCUGCUUGCUUAUGGGGCUUUUGCUUUCUUUGAAGGGACAUACAGAAACAUCUAAUAUAACAUAAUAUAUUAUUAAGUAGAAAAUGAUAGUAUUAUAAUAUAUAUUUUUGGAAGAAGAGUGUAAAGAAAUAGGCUCUGAUUUUGGGGUCUCUUUUCAUCUUUGUAUUUUGGAGACUUUCUUGCAUAUAAAAUUAUAAUAUUUUAACA